AUGUCUAGUUGGAAACCAGAAGAUCAUAUUCCUCCACAAAUUAAGAGAAUCCUUUCAAAACGAAAUCCAAAUCAUGUCCUUGCAUUUCUUUCCAUAACUCAAUUAUUGAAACUACAGAAAAGAACAGGUUGGAUAAAUAAUGGUAUAACCAAUGCAGAAAGUAUAUCUGAUCACAUGUAUAGAAUGGGAGUCAUGUCCAUGCUAAUUAAGAAUCCAAAUGUUAAUCGUGAUAAAUGUGUUCGUAUUUCGUUAGUACAUGAUAUUGCUGAAUCAUUAGUUGGUGAUAUUACACCGAUGGAUCCCAUGACUAAAGAAGAAAAACAUCAUAGAGAGUUUGAAACUGUUAAGUAUUUGGCAAAUGAAUUGAUAAAGCCAUAUAAUGAAAUUGCAGCUAAAGAAAUUAUAGAAGAUUGGUUAACUUAUGAAAAUGGGAUUGGAUUAGAAGGGAAAUAUACAAAGGAUCUCGAUAAAUAUGAGAUGUUAAUACAAUGUUUUGAAUAUGAACAGCAAUAUAAUGGUGAAAAAAAUCUCGAUCAAUUUUAUGGAUGUGCUAAUGUCAUUCAAACUGAAGAAAUUAAACAAUGGACCAAAGAUUUGCUAGAGGAACGUGAAGCUUAUUUUCAUGAGUUAACAAAGAAGAAUCAUCAGGAACUGUAG